UACAUAUUUUCCACCAAGAGAACAUGAAAAAGAGUGAGAGAUUGGGGAAGGGACUAACACAAACUUCUACCCAGGAGAAUAAUAAGCAGAACCAGAGUUGGAGUCAGAAUAGGGGAGAAAGCAGCAGUCAACAGUGCACAGCUGUACAAGAUACACUGACAGUUGGAAGGAUGGGAAGUCCCUAAAAUAUCUCCCGCCUUGACACCCAAGCAAAAACAGAGCACCCUCUGAAGGCUCACCAAGGAAGCCCCUGGUCUUUGGAAAGCUUUUUGGUCCUGGAUAAUCACAAUGGAGAGAUGUCAGGUGUCCAACUGCAGCAUGAAUACCAUGGACCUGAAAUGUUACAUGGUCCUUAACAGCCUCACUCAGAAAACAGGCAUAGCUGUGCUGUGCUCCAUUGUGGGGAUUCUGUGCGUUUUGGAAAACUCUUUGGUGUUGUAUCUGAUAUUUGCUUCCCCUAAGAUCAGAAAAAAGCCUUCCUACCUCUUGAUCAGCAGCUUGGCCCUAGCAGAUGUCCUGGCCAGCAUUGUAUUUGUCUGCAGCUUUCUUGAUUUCCAUGUCUUCAACAGAACUGACUCCUCUAAAGAGAUCUUCUUGCUGAAGCUUGGAGGGGUCAACACGUCCUUCACGGCGUCCUUGGGCAGCUUGCUGCUGAUGGCAUUUGACCGCUAUGUCUGUAUCUAUCAGCCAUCGGAAUACAAGGCCAUCGUGACGAGGAAAAGGGCUGUGGUGGCCAUGGCUGUGAUGUGGAUCGCUACCAUGAUCACUGCCUUCCUGCCUCUAAUGGGGUGGAACUGCUGCAAGGUAAACUCACCCUGCUCUGAGCUGUUUCCCUUUGUUGAUAGCAAGUAUCUGUCCAGCUGGAUCUGCCUGGUAAUGAUUCUGCUGCUGUGUAUAGUGUACUCCUACGUCCGGGUGCUUUGGAAGGCUCAUAAGCACACAGUGUACAUGGAGAAACGCCAAACCCAGGCUGGGCAGCGGAAUGCAAAGAUGAGGAUGGACGUCAUGCUCGCCAAAACAUUAGUGAUGGUCCUGGCCAUUGUCAUGACGUGCUGGUCCCCAGUGCUGGCUCUCAUGACGUACAGCCUCUUCGUCAGCCUGAAUGAUCACAUCAGAAAGGUGUUCGCCUUCUGCAGCACCCUCUGCCUGGUGAACUCCAUGGUGAAUCCCAUUGUCUACGCCCUGCGAAGCAGGGAGCUGCGCUCCUCUUUGAGGAACACUAGCUCGCGGUUCAGGAAGAAGGUGAGCAUCUCAGAGAGCUCCCCCGAAGCAGAGAGCACUCAGAAAUCCUCACCAAUAGAAACCAUCUGUGACGACAUUGCGUGCAACACAGACAUGAAUCUGCUGAAAGGCUGAGCUUUGACGGGGGGAAAUGUCUGACAGAUUUUGGAUUGUUUCUUUGAAAAGAAAGAAAAUCGAAAGCUGCUUUUCUUUGUAGCUCCUGGGAGGAUUCGUGACUGAAUGCCUUGCUGGGGAUAUGAAGCCAUUUGGCUGUAAUGGUAUCAUGAAACAUUUGCAGAUCACACCCUCCUUGUGCCUGGGACUUUACUUAGUGAGUAAAAGACCUGAGCCCGGAUUUGUAAUGGUAUUUAGGCACCUAAUUCCCAUUAAUUUCCAAGGGAAUUAGCUGCCUAAGUACCUUUAAAUAUCUGGGCUGCUGGUCCCUACCCUCUGAAGAGCAGAUACACCCAAGCAAAGGAAGACUGGACCAACUCUACCAUACGAAUACUACAAUGAUAGCAUAGCAGGCUUUCAUAGAUACUACAGUGAUGGGUGCUCUACAAACACCAUGGAUGGAUGGAUAAACAACAGAAGCAGUCCCCACUAUUUUAGGGCAACCCUCCCGGUUUACCAGACUAAGUCCACAAAUGUGUCAAACAGUGAUCUUGACUCACUUAUCUUGCAGUCAAUGACCUCUUUCCUCCCUACUCUAAAAUGAAGUUCUGGUCCAAGUAAAAUGUGCUUUGACCCACGUGGCUGUAGCACAAGGCUGGUCUGUGGCCACUCUGCUGCUGGGACUGCAACAUUUUAUAUGCAAUUGUGGUUCAAUAUGCUAAGGCAUCGAGCACACUGCAGUGGUGGUGAGAGCCCCACACUCCCAUUAAACUCAGUGGAAGUUGAGCACCUUGCAGGAUGGAGCCCUCAGUGGGUCUUAUGCCCAGAUACUCAAAGGUAUUUAGGCUCCUGACUUCCACUGAAAUCAAUUAGUGCCUAAAUAGCUUUGAGGAACUGGGCAGUCUGAGAACCUCAGUGUUUAGGAGUUUGAUUCCAGGAACAUUUACAGCCAAGUAUGGCUCCAAAGGAAAUGUAUGAAUGUGGUUUACUUCUCAUCCAACUAAGGAGGCACAUUUAUCCCUAGUGUAAUUUCACCAACUUUACUGAGACUACACUAACGAAGAAUUAAGCCCUUUGGCUGGAAUUAUUGAGGAGCAGUUUUAAGAAGGUGCUGUAUUGUUUUGUCCAGAAAUGCAAUAUGUGCUGAAGAUGUUUUAUACUCUAGGCAGGCAAGUGCUGGAUAUUUGUGCCUAGGAAAUAAGACAUUCCAUAAGUAUCUUUUGCAGAACAUGUCAACUGGACACAGACAAAAUAACACAAGCCCCAGUCAGUACAUGUGGCCAAGGGCAUGUCAUAAAGACUUGCACCUACUUUCCACCAGUGCUGAAUUUGCCCCCUUGGAUUCAGCAUAGUAAUAUGAUUAUAACGUCGGUCUCCCAACUCCUGACAAACACGAGAGAACAACAUUUGAAACUUAACAAAGCACACUCGGGCUGUUAAUAAUUGACCUCAAUCAUGCCGGUGGCACGAAAACUUACCUGCAGUAGUAUAUGUAAAUAUGCCUUUUGUGCUACAUACUAUAAACCACUAUAUUGUAUUUAGCUAGCAAACUGUCAUGAUAAAUCUGUUAGCACAUCAUUAAAUGUCUUAUUUAUUUUAAUAGUUAAACUCUAUACAGAGUAAGAAUAAAGAAUAUUUUCUCUGUGGCUUAGAAACCCUAGAGCAGGGGUGGGCAAACUUUUUGGCCCGAGGGCCACAUCCGGGUAUGGGAAUUGCAUGGCGGGCCAUGAAUGCUCACGAA